AUGUUUUACUCAAUGAUGGAUGAUAUUACCUUAGAUUUUGAACUACAUGACAAAGAACCGACAAGAGAAUCUCUCAUAUUGCUGGUAAGGAAAAUGAGUAAUGCUUUUCUCUUUUCUCAAGAUUCAGAAAAGUCGUUAAUUCAAUCAUGGCCACUGAGACUCAAAAUUUAUUUGACUAUCAGUCUAGUAUAUGUGAUCUGGAUCAGGAAUAACAAUGCUUUAGUCAUUGAAGAUGAGAAGGAGGAUUUCAAAGAGUGA